UAACUGCCGUGCCCUUUCGACUUUGAAACGGUCGGCACCUCUGGAGACGGCAAUUUGUCGGCGAUGUCGCGAGCAAUGGCCGCGCGGGCCUUGGACCCCGUCUACGAUCCCAUUUACACUGUGUCCAACACGGGGGGCAAGUGGCGAGGUGUGCACCACGGCCGACGAGGCGGAGGCGGCGGCACGGCUAUCCCGUCCGUGACCGUUGGGUUUGAAGCUGUGAGUGGGUCGGAGCGAGCCAAAUACUCGAAACGCCCCAUCUUGCCUUAUGUCCAAGCCAUCCCACCUGACAUAUUGCUCGCCCCGGCGCCGCCAGUUGCGGGGCCCCAUCAAGCCAACCCUUCCGCCCCGCCUGUCGCGGAUGAGGACACGGAGCCCACGCGGAGCAUCGGAAUUCAGACCAUGUAUCGCGACUCGGAGGCGCAAACGACCCCGUACACGCCGGACUUCACCGUCAAGGCUGGCACGUCCCCGGAAAUUGCGACGCUCACGAGCUUCUCGUAUGAGAAUGGCCUCCCCGCGGGCAUGGCAGAGGUGGAGCUGAUCCAAAGGAACCGGCAGAAGCGCGCGUUUGACGCGUCCUUGCCGCCCAUGACGGACGAAGCGUCGUUCGAGCUGCGGAAGCGCAUGAUGGAGCAGCAGGAAAAGGCGGAAUGGGCAUUCCGGGAAGUCGAGAUCGACCGCGUGCACGACCAGCGCCUGCAGUUGCUUGAAAAGGCCCUGGUCGAACGCGACCACGAGAACCAGUUCCUCGCGGAGCAGCGCAUCGAAGCGCUGCGGCAACGCCUCACGGCCGAAAAGGACGAGACCAUCGAACGCAUCCAGCAAGAGCGCGUGACGGCACUGCGAAAGCUGGCAAAGCGUCGCGCCGCGGCGCAGAAGAUCUACCCCAAGCGCGACUUGAAGCGAGACAUCAUUGGCGAGUACACGGCGUUCGGGUCGACCGUGUACGCCCCCGUGACGCGGGCGGGCAAGUCGGGCAAGCACGACACGGUGCACGAAGUGGGCUUGGCGCGUCUGCACGGGCUGGACGAGAUUCAGGCGCUCGAGGUGACGGUCGGGUCCAAGUUCCUGGCGCCGUCCAUGCACAAACCCCCCGUGAAGGUGAUCAAGACGGCCAAGGAUCGACGGGAGGCAGCGAUCGAAGGGCACCUCUUGUCCAUGCAAACCAAGAUCAACCAGACCAAGACCAUCUCAACCGACGACCACUCGACGACGACGACAGGAGGGGGAACGAAGUUCAAGGUCGGCGGCGGGGCACACAACGUCCGGCCGCCCACCCCACUGUACGGCGUCGUGGACGACGACGACGACGACGCCGCCCACGAUGCGGUGCGUCUCUUGCAAAAGCUCCUUCGAGGUCGAGCCGUGCAAAACACCAUGUUUGAAGGCAAGGGCCGGCGCACCGAACUCAUUGCGGAACUGCGCGAGGCGGGUACCGAGCCUGGGGGCGCCGCGACCGAUGCAGCGGCAGACGCAAACGCAGCGACUUUGGCGGGCGCGGCCACUGUGGCCAAGAUCCAGGGCGAAGUCGUGUCGGACCUCCUCGACUUCCUCGCCAAGGAACUCGUCCGUGUCAACGAACACAUGGCGCUGAACGAGUUCGUGAUGGACACCGUGUACGAGCGCCGAAAGCGUGAAGUGAUCGAAGGCGGACGGCGGCAUGCAGAGGAGAUGCUGCGGAAGCGCGAAGACGUCGUGUUCCAAUCCGUGCAGCGCGUCCAUGAUGAAACAGCCGACGACUUUGUCAUGGAUGUGUUGCGCUCCGUCGUGGAGGCUGAUGCAACGGCUACGGCCCGCCACGAGUCGGGCGUGCUCGGCAGUGGCUUGUCCAACGUCGUGUCGGCGUUGGAGGCGGGAGGCACGACGGACGACGGAGUGGUCAAGGACUUGCUGGCGUCGUUCCUGUUUCCAGAGGUCCAGCGUCGGCGUGUCCAAGAGCAAGUGGGUCGGGAAGAGCGCAAAUUUGUCACCGCCGUGCACCAAGCCCUGCAAUUACCCACCACAUUUAGCAGUUCUUUGUAUUAAAAUCCAUCUGAUUUCCAAAACACAUUGUUCGUGCCGGUCUUUACAAGCUGCUGCCACAAGUCCAAAGCGAGGCCAUGCCGCUGCACCAUAAACCCUCGAUCUUCCGAGAUAACGACGUCUUCCGGGAUGGCCGUGGGGAGAAAUCCCAAUUCGUUGGCGACGGGGACGGGCAGAUUGGACACGACAAACGCACAGGGGCCUGGAGUGGUCGCGAGGGCUGCCAGCAAAUGGACGGCCACGGCGUGCGACUCGGGGAGUGAGUCGGGUACGAUCAAUUCGUCGACGAGGAUCGUGUUGUCGUUUGUUCGUAACUUGGUCCGGCCGAAAACAUACCCGACCAAUUGGCCCUGGGCAUUCCAGGCACCAACAGCUUGGAUGUGGUCGCGGCGAUGGCGGGCUGCAAUCCAUUGGCAGAUGUAUGCCUCAGUCCGCUGAAUAGGUCCAUUGAACUUGGACGACACAGUGUGGUAUAGGCGCAGCAAGGCGCUUGAGUGGAUGGCGAGGUCGGUGAGUGGUGCGAUGUGGAGCUGUGGAGAAAGCGGUGGCAAGGGAAGGUUGACGGGGAUAGACACGCUCCUCAAUGGCAUGGGUGUGUAGCCCAGUUUGCCGUAGAAGCCACCCAACCGAUCGGCAUCUGUGUGGAGCGCCGAGACGUCUACUGAAGCCAGCGGUCCGUCGAUGGCGGCUCGGAGAAGUUUCGAUGCCAAACCCUUCCCACGGAACUUUUCCUUGGUGGACACUUCCGCGAUUCCACCCAUGGAAACCACGCGCCCUCCGAUGAACUGGCUGCGCGGGAUCACUCGAACUGUUGCAGCAAUGGUGCCAUCUUCAUCUGCCACAAGGAUGUUGUUCAUGUCCUCCAGCGCACUGGAAUCAUCUUGCAAAUGGGAUACGAAGUACGCGGACGAAUCAUGCUUGAACACCUCCGUACAAUGCGCCACCCAAGUGUCCACUUCGUCCGUGCGCAGCGCUCGGAUCGCAAACGGCAUGAUGAAAAUGGUCCUGCUUU